UCAAUGGUGUCACUGAAGCUAAGCUUAAACAAUCAGCAUCUCAAAUGUGGUGUUUAUUCAGGUUCUUGCCAAUCAUGAUUGGUGAUAAAGUGGAUGAGCAACUGGAAAACUGGCAUUGUUUGCUGAAACUUUGGAAUAUUGUUCAAAUUUGUACUUCUCCAGGAAUAACAAAGGCUGAUGCUGCCUAUUUGAAAGUUAUGAUUAAUGAUCAUCACAAAAUGUUCAAAAAUCUCUACCCUAAUGCAUCCAUAAUUCCAAAAAUGCAUUAUCUUAUACAUAUACCUGAUGAAAUUGUUAGGUUUGGGCCACCUAGAAAUAUCUGGACCAUGAGAUUUGAGGCUAAACACAGUUUCCUGAAAAGUUCAAUUACCAAGAACUUUAAAAAUGUCCCCAAAUCACUUGCAUUUUCCCAUCAAAGGAACAUGUGCUGGAACCUUCUGAGUUCUCCCAAGCAGCCCUUGACUAAUUACCUGUAUAGUGGUGAUGUUGUUGGAUUAGGCGAUCACAAUGUUGAUUUGCACAGCCAUCCAUAUUUUGGCAUGAUAGCUCAAGCUGCUAGUGUUGAUCAACUGGCACAGCCAUGUAAAGGAAGCAGGUAAUAUUUAUCAGUUUAAUAUUGCCAAGUUGUUUUUUAAUGUAAUUAUGAAUAAAAAAUUAUAUCAUUUAUAUGACAUAAUAAAGGACUAACUACUACAAUAUUCAAUCUAGCUACUAUUUAUCAACUGAACUAUCUCUUAAUAUCACUGUGAUUUAUCAGGCAAAAACUGAAUUUGGGAUGAGAUGAAUCAUACUAUCUUAUGUUUAUCAAAUGAACUAUUGCAUUGUAAUCUAAU